GAUAAUGAAAACAAUCAUCGCCCUUGGGUUUCUCUCCCUAGUCGUCGCACAAGACCCGCCUGGCACUGCUCCAACAGCAGCGGAAAUUCUCGCCGAAAACAUCAACGGACAGACUGUUCACGAGUUCCGGGGCUACUACAAAAGAGAGCAUUCGCUUAUUAAACCAUACACAGGUUCCGGGGCUGAUAUUCCAAAUUGGAACAUUAUUGGCAGCACUUUCGUCUCUUCCAACCAAAUCCGACUGACCGCCGAUGAGCAAAGUAAAGCUGGAGCACUAUGGAACACUCAACCAGUGUGGUCACGCGACUGGGAGCUCCAAGUCUCAUUCAAGGUUACUGGAAGCACUGGAGAUUUGUUCGGAGAUGGUAUGGCAAUUUGGUACACGUCGGAGCCAAACAUUUUGGGACCAGUGUUCGGUGGAAAGGAUUACUUCCGUGGAUUGGCUGUGUUUUUGGACACUUAUAGUAAUCAUAAUGGGCCACAUCAGCACGGUCAUCCAUUCAUUUCUGCAAUGGUUUCUGACGGCAGUCUUCACUAUGACCACGACAAAGACGGUACCCAUACUCAGCUCGGAGGAGAAAAUACUGGAUGUACUGCCAAGUUUCGUAAUAAGGAUCAUGACACUCAAGUUCUUAUCAGAUAUGUUGGAGACACUCUUUCGAUUUUCUCUGACAUUGAGAACAAAGGAAUAUGGAAUUUGUGUAUGAGCGUGAACAAUGUGCAAUUGCCAACCGGAUAUUACAUCGGAGUCAGUGCCGCAACGGGAGACUUGUCCGAUGCUCAUGACGUUGUGUCCUUGAAAAUGUUCGAGCAGGAGUUUGCUCAUGUUGAGCGUGUUGGAGAGGCUGAUCGUCGCAACGUUGUGCCCCAUGCUCAAUUCACCGCUUCACCAAGAGAUCACACUGACGACGCACGACCAUCUAGCCUUGGAUGGGGUGGAACGAUCGCUUUGGUGAUUGUGGGGGUUAUUGUUCUUGUCGGAGGACUUGGAUUCGGUUUUGUCUACUUCCAGAAGAAGAAUGAGCGGCAAAGAAAACGAUUCUAUUAGUUUUAUUUCAUAACAUAAUGUAUCAUUUUUAAAUUAUUAUACUUUUCAAUAGUUCUUGCUUGCCUUCUCUCAACCUCUCAACCCAAAAAAACCAAUUUAACAGGUGUCGUUGCCUUUUUCUUUUUGUCAAAUGGGGGAUACUUGUGAUUUUUUGAUUUUACUCAUUGCAAUAGGUAAGCUCUAACGUUCCGGGUUUCUUUUUUUCUGUUUUCCUAUUGUUCGAAUUCUUUCAAUAUUGUUUGUUUUUUCACAAUUCAAUAAAACAUUGCAUGUGGG